CGUAUUUUGAAGAAAGUGUGUCAUGACCAGAUUUAUUUUUUUUUUUAAGAGUACUCUUGAGACUUACAGAGGUCAAGAAUGAAAAUAUUGCUGGUUGUGGGUGUGGUGGUGGCCCAUGUCUUUAAUCCCAGCACUAUGGAGGCAGAAGCAGGUGGAUCUCGGUGAACUUGGGACCAGCCUGGUCUACAUAUCAAGCCAGGGCCACAUGGUGAACAGAGAUGGAAGUAAAUAGUUCCAUGGUAGUGCACUCGCCUGCUACGCAGGAAGUCCUGAAAGCAACACCCGGAAGAGCCUGAGGAGCAACAGUAAUAGUAACAGAUGCAGUUUGCAAAGGGUUAAAUAGUACAUGAAUGACAGACGGCUCAGUUACACUUGAUGGACCUAGCAUUCAAAUUUGUUCUUUCCACUGUGCCGAUAUCGCACCCGCCAACAUGGUGAACGUUCCUAAGACCCGCCGUACAUUCUCCAAGAAAUGUGGCAAAGACCAACCCCACAAAGUGACCCAGUACAAGAAGGGCCAAGAUUCUUUGUAUGCCCAGGGAAAGCGGCAUUAUGACAGGAAACAGAGUGGCUGUGGUGGGCAGACUAAGCCCAUUUUCCACAAAAAGGCAAAAACUACAAAGAAGAUUGUGCUGAGACUGGAGUGUGUGGAGCCCAACUGCAGAUCUAAGAGGAUGCUGGCUAUUAAGAGAUGCAAGCAUUUUGAACUGGGUGGUGAUAAGAAGAGAAAGGGCCAAGUGAUCCAGUUCUAAGCUGACCUUGUUAUGAAGACAAUAAAAUCAUGAGCUUUCACUCAAAAAAAAAA